GUUGACGAGGGGUUGCUAAGGAAGUGGCUCCGUUUUAUGUCACCGUUUGGCCUUGGUGAUGAUAAAUCACUGUAAAUAAGAUUAUCUGGUACUAAUACAUCAGAAUACAGCUUCUGGUUCUCCUGCACCGCGCGGAUGGCUGAGCUCCACAUAAUUGGACAAAUCGUAGGCGCCAGUGGUUUCCCUCACAGCAGCCUGUUCUGCAAAUGGGGAAUUCACACAGGAGGAGCUUGGAGGCUCCUUUCAGGUCUGAGGGAGGGCCAGACCCAGGUGGACUCUCCCCAGACCUCGGACGUGGCCUUUUGGAGUCACCCCAUCGACCUGCACUACGCCACCAAGGGGCUGCAAGGCUGGCCCAAACUGCACCUGCAGGUCUGGCACCAGGACUCGUUCGGUCGCUGUGAACUCUCCGGCUACGGCUACUGCCAUGUGCCUUCCAGCCCCGGGCACCACCGGCUGCGCUGCGCCACCUGGAGGCCGCUCGGAUCCUGGCAGGAGCAGCUGGCACAAAGCUUCGUGGGCGGGGGGCCCCAGCUGCGGUUCCCGGACGUCAUCUACAGUGGGGCUGACCGCUACCGGCUCCAUACGGGGGCGGCGGGCACGGUGGAGCUGGAGCUCGGCAUUAUUCUGCGGAACUUUGACAAAUACGGCGUGGAGAGCUGAAUGCAGAGGAAGACGGCGAGGGACAUGGCAGGAUCAGUAACUGCUGGAUGGGAGGAAGGCAGUACAACAGAGUGGCAAAUGGGUGGGGCUGUCACUGCCUUUCAAGCACAUCUGCCUCGAUUGAUCUCUGGUUUCUUGAGGUCAUUCAAAUUUUUUGUCAAAGAUUUACAGACAGUCGAUGAGUAAAAUGCUCCUCAAGAAUAUUGUGCUGUUUUAACACAAGGGGGCAGCAUGUACUCUUUUUUUUUUUAAACCCCCUUACUGUUUUCUGCCUAUCAUAAAAAAUCUGAAAGGAAUCCUCAAUUUAUUAUGUAAUAUUAAUAGUCUUUUUUUUACAGUGUUAUUUUGUAUUUUCAUACAUGUAUGCGAUUGAAUUUGGCCUUGUGUUUCGCUUUGUUUUAAAAAACUGUUUUUCAUAACUUUAUUAAAUGCUUUUUACAUUGA